AUGGCCCGUGGAAAUUUUAAAGCUCGACGGCAUAGUAAACAUUCAACUGCUAAUGAAUUUGGAAUAGAAAGAAAGCAGCCUCGGGACUGGAUAAGCAAAAAACCUGACCUUUUGAAAUUUCAAGAAGCAAAAUCUCAGCAAAAAACUGUAAGCCGGUAUAUGAUUCAAGCCAAAGCUCACACAUUGUACGCUACAUCUCAAUAUCAAGAAAAAUAUGGAGAAAUUCAGAAUAAUAAAUUUUCUCAAAAAUGGGUAGACAGAUUUAUGUUUAGAAAUAAUUUGCGGUGUAAAAAUGACUAUCCUUUAUCCUUAAUUGGUAACAUGGAUGAAACUGCUAUGUUUUUUAGUAUGUCAAGUAAUACUACGAUUGAACAACGAGCCGAUAGAACUAAAUUGCCACCUCUAAUUAUCUUUAAAUUGGUUAAAGUAUCUUGUAAAAAUUUUCCUGAUAGUGUUAUCAUACGUGCAAACCCUUCAGGAUGGAUGAACGAAAACAAGAUGUUAUGGUGGAUAGAAAAUAUUUGGACCCGACGAGCACAAUGUGGAAAUAAUCUGUGUUCUUUGUUAAUCUUGGAUUUAUUUGCCGGCUACAAAACAGACCCUGUAAAACGACAUUUUUGGGAGAAGAAUACUGACUUGGCUUUAAUUCCUAAAGGUUUAACAUCUCGCUUACAACCUCUUAAUGUCUCUAUGAAUAAAUCUGAAAAUAAUAAUGAAAGCAAUGGUGAACCCGAUAGUGAAAAUAAUAUAGAUGGAGAAGACAUGAAUGAAAAUGAAAAAUUUACACAAGAUUCGCAAGUUAUUCCUUCAAUAGGAACUGUUAUAAUGUCAAAUGUUGAUACUUUCGCGUUUUCUGAAGAAGUAGAAAUUGUAUUUGAAACUGAACCAUCAUCAUCAGAAAUUGACUCCAAAGCAAAUUCAGAUUUG